AUGUUAGCACAUUCUGAAUUUGCUGAUAUUUUAAUAGAACAAUCUAAAUUAUUUCAUGAAUUAUAUGAUGAUAAUUUAAUGAAAAUGACAGCAAAAUUAGAUGAUUUUCAAAGAAUUCGUACAUUAGGACGUGGUGGUUUUGGUCAUGUUCUAUUAGUACGUCAUAUUUAUACUGAUAAAUAUUUUGCAUUAAAAAUAUUAUCUAAAAUACAAAUAAUUAAAACUCAUCAAAUUCAUAAUGCAAUUAAUGAGAAACGUAUAUUGGCUGCAUGUAAUUUUACAUUUAUUAUACCAUUAUAUUAUAGUUUUAAAGAUAAUAGUAAUUUAUAUCUGGUUAUGGAAUAUGCAAUAGGUGGUGAUUUAUUUACAUUAUUACGUCAUAUGAAACAAUUCUCUAAUGAAAUGGUCAAAUUCUAUGGUGCUCAAGUGAUAUUAGCAUUUGAAUAUUUACAUUAUUUAACAAUAGUUUAUCGUGAUUUAAAACCAGAAAAUCUUUUAAUUCAUUCUAAUGGUUUUAUUAAAUUAACUGAUUUAGGUUUUGCUAAAUUAUUACCUAAACAUAAACGUACAUGGACAUUAUGUGGUACACCAGAUUAUAUGGCACCAGAGAUUAUAUUAAAUAAAGGUUAUCAUCAUUCAAUUGAUUGGUGGGCAUUUGGUAUAUUAUUAUAUGAAAUGACUACUGGUUAUCCACCAUUUAUGCAUUAUGAUCAAAUGAAAACAUUUGAAUUAAUUAUUAUUGGUGAUAUUAAAUUUACAAAUCAUUUUAAUCCAUUAUUAAAAGAUUUAAUCAGGAAUUUAAUACAAAUUGAUUUAAGUCGACGUUAUGGUAAUUUAAAAAAUGGUAUCCAUGAUAUUAAAAAUCAUGAUUAUUUUAAAGAUUUAAAUUGGUUACAAUUAUAUCAAUUGAAUAUUGAACCUCCUUAUAAACCAUUAUAUAAUAAUAAUAAUAAUUCACAAGAUAUAAAUCAUUUUGAUUAUUCUAAUGAAUUCAAUUUCAAUAUUGCUGAAAAAGAACAAUUUGAAAAUAGUUUUGAUGAUUUUUGAAAUCGUUUUCCUUUUGUUUUCAUGGUUUUAUUCAAUUCCGAUUUGUUAUGGUUUAAUUUAUUGAUAUGAAUUGUAUUCAUAGCUUAAUUCACUGUUAAUUAUGUAAUAAAAAGAGAUAGAAAAAAAGAAAGAAAGAAAGAAAGGAAGGAAGAAAGCAUAGUGUACAAUAUCACAGGUAAAUAUGAUGUUAUAACAUAUUGAAGAGUAAACUCACAACAUUGAAAAUUGAACAAAGUUAACUAGAAAAUGAAUUAUUCCUUUUUUCUUAUCAAAAUUAACAUCCUAUGUAAUUCAUAAGUCAUAUACAUACAUCAUUUACUUAGUUUAUUACUUAAGUAGUUUGCAUAUUUUCACAAUACUUUUCUUAUUUGACAUUUUUAUUUUAAGUGAAUACAGAAUGAUCUUUUUU